CUUUUCAAAAAGUGGAAAUAAGACCUCUUCUGAUCAUCUCCUUUUGACUAUUGUGAAUGCCCUUUUCCUUUCACUAGAUUUAGAAAACUAUAGCUGAUAACAAAUGUCCAAAUGAUGUUGUUCUCUUAGUUGCAUGCUGUUGUUCGAAUUUUCCCUGGGCAACAAUUCAAACGAAAUCCUCAAUGCGGAUCACAGAAUAAUAAUUUUGAACUCUGGAAAUGCUGAUAACUGUUUACCUUCAAACAUGAAAAUCAGCGGUCAAUAGAGCUACACUAAACACAUUCCACAUGGCUUAUUUACAGUAUGUCUGUUUUACAAACAUUAUUGACUGAGAGUGUGACUUUUAUGCAGUAUGUGGUGUUUAGUCAGUAAUGUGAAGUGGGGUUUGUUUGCUUGGAAGGAUAUAAAUGGAUUAAUAAAAUAUCAUGCCUAUAAAAGCUGACUCAAGCUGAACUCAUCACAGAGGAUUCAACAAUAAACACACUCCUGACAGAUUACAGUGUUAUCAAACCAGAACCAGAACCUGUUUGAGAAGCCUGUCAUACUUGGUAAAGAAUGUCUGGACGCUUGCCACAAUCCUUCACGCAUCCUUCCUUAGAAAGCCCAUCGAACAAUAGGGUGCUAAAUCUGUAAAAAAUGUAUCUGAUUCAAUGUAUUUCCAGAGAAAUCUUGUCAAAUCUUCCUCCUUCGGCUAUAUAAAGAAGCAACAGUCAGCUUGCUUCUUCACAUCAACUUUAAAGCAAAGCAGAAGAAGGAUAAAACAACAAUCUCUCUCUCUGCCUAAAAUGGAAACUGUGAUUGUUUUCCUCAUUGCAAGUGUCUGUAUUCAAUGUGCAACCCCAUCAAAAUUACACAUACGCAAAAACCGAGCCUGGAUUGUGGAUUCACUGUCCAUGGAAGAGGAGCACACGGGUCCUUUCCCAUAUAAACUGGGAGAUUUAAAUAUUGAGAAGAAAGUAAUCGAAGAGUACUCCAUUCAUGGACAGGGCAUCGACAAAGACCCCAAAGGGAUUCUCUCUGUGGACCGAAACGGGUCCGUUUACGCUCAUGGAAAAGUGGACUAUGAGGAGUACAAGAGACUGAGAAUCACUCUUUCUAAUAAACACACAAUAGUUGCUGUGGAUAUUGAUAUCAUGGAUGUUAACGACCACGCUCCUGUUUUCAAUCGGGAUGUGUAUGAACUCACAGUAGAUGAAUCAACACCACAAGGCAAUCCUCUGGUCACAGUGCUGGCCACAGACAACGAUCAGCCUGGCUCAGCGAACGCUCAGUUUACUCUGAGAAUCGUCUCGGUGUCUCCCGCUGCCUCCGGUGCACUGUUCUUCAUCCAGCAGAGAACAGGAGAGCUGACAGGAACCAUCUCUUUCAACGGAUCCCUUGAUUAUCAGGAGAGCCAGAAAUACAGGAUUCUGGUUGAAGCGAAGGAUCAUGGGGAGAAGAUGCAGCUCUCCAGCACAAGCACAGUGAUACUGAACCUCAUCGGCAAACACAACCUGCUCACCGAGAGAACAAGAGAUGGCGGUGAUUCCUCCGUAUUCAUGAAACAAGUGGGUGUAACGGAGAGUAAGGAGACUGGACCGAUGCUGGAAGCCAACGAACUGGCCAUGUGUCUGUCUGAGGAGACGGUUGAUAUUCCAGCUAUCAAUCCAGACCUGUACAGCCCACCCUUACACUUCCAGCUGACUGGAGACGUCCAGGGCAAAUGGAGGCUUCAGUCGAACUACGGUCCAUCUGUGAGACUGAUCAAAGAGAGCGCUGUACGUGCGGGAGAUCAUGAGGUGACCCUGGAGAUCUCGGACAGUCAGGGCCAGCAGUCCGUCCAGACGCUCUCACUGCGUGUGUGCGACUGUGAUGUUUCUGCACGCUGCACUGCGCUCAGAAACCCAACAAUAAAGCUGAACGCCGCUGCCAUCGCUGUCAUAAUCAUCAGCGUCCUGGUGCUGCUGGGGGUCCUGCUGAUGUUGUGUCGGUUCAGAACAGACAUCUACAAAGGUUUAGUGGACGGAGCAGACCAAUCGUGACGUCAAAGAAAUGCCUUGAACUUGGCUGUAUGACAGAGCUUUACUUCGAGCCAGAGCUGGAUCUCUGGUGCUGCUGGACUUCAGUGUGUCACUGAAUGUGUGGGGAAAAUAUGGAGGACAUCAAAAAAUGAAGCGGAUGAGUGCACUCUAUGUCAAACUGCUUGCUUUAACACUGUGAAUUAAAAGGAAGGUGCUUUGGUUGUUUCAAAUGUCGAUCAUACAAUUUAAAUGACUUUAGGAAGAGACUGAUGAUUAAUUCUGCUUGAACUGCAUGGUGUGCAUGAAUAUUAUAAGUGUUGUGAUUAUAUCAGCUUAUGCAAAUGUGAACUCACAUUUAGAUAGACGAUACUGUAUAGACUGACACUGUAGAGUUAUAUAGUUUUUAUAUGAAUUUAUUUUUGUAAGUGAGAGCUGUGUAUGUUCAGAUUGUGUUUUUAUAUGUAUAUAUUAAAUUUAUGCAUUUAGCAGACGCUUUUAUCCAAAGCGACUUGCAGUGC